AAUCGUGAAAAAGAAACAUAAUCGAGGUGCUAUAACCUAGUUCAAUUUCUUACUUAGACAUCAUGACGCUUACUCCUAAAGAUUUAACAAAAUUAUUGAAUAUCCUUGAUGAAGAAAAUCUGGAUGCAAGUUUGGAAAAUCUAUGUCAUCAGUUACAUCAAGUAUUUCCUAAAGAAGAUCGAUUCAAAGUAGGAAUGACAUUAGUUCUCCUUUUACAACAUAUAGAUUUAUUGCCAAAAAAUGUUCAACGUAUAAUAGCAGUGGCAUUGUUAUUCGAUCUUUAUAGAGGAGAAACACUGGCUUCGACACCCUUUGCACCUGUGUUCGUUCAGGUUUUAAAAUCCCAGGAAGAUACAAAUAAUGGAGUGCCAAAGACCAAUCUUUCUGGACAUAUACCAGUUUUAUCACAAUGUGAAAAAAACCUUUUAGCAAAUUUAUUGGGAUAUAAUAAAAAGGACAUUUUAAAGAAAACUCCAAGACAAAUUGUGGAUGAAUUAUAUUUUGUGUCUGUACCGCCUGUUGAUUUAAGUAAUUUACAAAUACAACUAGCAGAGCAUCACUCAGAAUUACCUUCCAUUGCCAAAUGUGGAAAUCCUGUGAUUUUACCCGAUAUGGAUCAUUCCAAAAUAACAGAAAUUGAUAAAAAUGCAACAAAGAAUAUGACAGAAAUUUUAAUUGCCAAUGAUCCACCUUUAUGUAGUCAAAGUUAUCAACCUGAGUUUUUAAGAUUAGCACCACCUCUUUAUCGUUCAGUUGAUGAAUUACCAUGGUUUAAUGUUACAGAACCUUCUCAAUUCACAAUUGAAUAUGAUACUAACAUGUGUGUUUCAAACUGUGCUAGUGCAGAAGCUCGUGGAUUAAUGGGUAAAGCAUUUAAAAGUGUAUUGACAUUACAACAGCAGCAGCAUCUUGUUAAUGAAUUGGAUAGAGAUCCAAAAUUGGUAUAUCAUAUUGGCCUUACUCCAGGAAAGUUACCAGAUUUGGUAGAAAAUAAUCCUUUGAUUGCAAUCGAAGUUUUAUUAAAGCUUAUGCAAUCAAGUCAAAUAACAGAAUAUUUUAGUGUUUUGGUAAAUAUGGAAAUGUCUCUUCAUUCAAUGGAAGUAGUCAACAGAUUAACUACCACUGUUGAUUUACCAACUGAAUUUGUUCAUUUAUACAUCAGUAACUGCAUUUCUACUUGUGAAACUAUAAAAGAUCGUUAUAUGCAGAAUCGCUUAGUACGUUUGGUUUGUGUUUUUUUGCAAUCCUUAAUUAGAAAUAAAAUUAUAAAUGUGAAAGAACUUUUUAUUGAAGUGCAAGCAUUUUGUAUAGAAUUUAGUCGCAUUAGAGAAUCUUCCGUCUACUUAAACAACUUGAAUCUGGUGAUAUCGGUGGAUUAA